AUGACCCAAUACAACCCUCCAGUUUAUUCGCAAAACCCUCAACACGCUCAACAAUCGUCCCUUUUAAACAACCCAACAGUAUAUCAUUUAGAACAAGUACAACGUCGGAAUAAUAGUAUGAGUAAUAUGAUAAUUCUGGCGAACGAUGAGCCUUCCGGAACUCCCAAUAAUUCCUUCAACGGCAGCACGGUAAACCCAACUAUCUUGAACGCAGCUCCAAAUCAAUUUUACACAGUUGGUCCUGGUCAUAUAAAGCAAGAGACAGGUUCUAUGGAUGUUACUGAAGUGGACAUUGAUCCGCAAGCUGUAUGCUCACCAAUGACGUCUCCUUCACCCGCUAAUUCUGUUGGUUCUCCUAUAAACCGCAAUUUUGACCGUAAUAAUUUUAGUAAUGGGUUCGAUGAUACCAAUAACUUAUUUGGUCAGUCCUAUAAGCCUUCUCAUAUGGACAAUUUUUCGCCGUAUGGCGAGUCACCGAGCAAUCUUUCUGUUUUUUCUCAAGGUCCUGCUGAAACUAAAUUCUUUGAUCAAGGCGACCCAAAUCAAAGUGAAGUCUGUAGCAUUAGUGCACCCACCGGAGUGAGUGCUUUUGAGUUCAGACCACCCCAAAACAGUUUCGUUACUCAGCCUCAGUCAUUACCUGCUGGAUAUGUGGGUGGUGAUUGUUUUCCCCAAUAUCCACAAAGUUUACAAUAUUUUUCUGACAUAGCAUCGGGGACAGGAGCAGUAAGAGUAUAUCAACAACAUUUCAUAGAUCCUGAAGAUUCUACUGAUAGUGCUCAAAAACAAGCGAUUUUAAUCGAAAAGAGACGUCGUCGUAGAGAAUCACAUAAUGCUGUUGAACGCCGUCGAAGGGACAAUAUAAAUGAAAAGAUUCAGGAAAUAUCAACUCUUAUACCAGAUAUUUUUAUUGAUUCUUCAAACAAACCAAACAAAGGUGUGAUCCUUCGUAAAGCCGUAGAAUACAUCAAACAUCUUCAGCAGCUAGUGGGUGAACAACGUGCUCACAAUUUAGUGUUGGAAAAUACAGUAAGAGAUAUGAAAUCCGGGACACCUGACAAUAAUUCAGAAAUGAACGCAUCACCACAAAGUAGCGGUAUUGUAAAUAAUGGUCCUUUCUGUGUGUGA